CUGACUGAAAAAUCACCAGUUGGAGAAUUUGUAUAUGCUUCAGGUGGACGAACAAGGGCCAUGGUGACACUGAACCACCUCAGCGUAGAGGAUCCAGAUGAUGGCUCUCCGUUGCUGCCAGUGGCAGCAGAAACCACAGCUGCCACACCUGUCAGUCAGAGACAGCGGGUGGUUACAAAGACUGAGGCCAGGGAAUUUUUCCUCAGCAGGGGGACGAAUCUAACUAGCAGUUUGCUUCUCUUGAUCGGAUGCUACUUGGCUAUACUCAUUCCUGCAUACUUCCCACUGAGUAACCUGAAAGCCGAGAGCAAUGAUUAUCAGGAGCCCAGAGAUUUGCUCUUAUUAAAUCGGUCGGCCUCUCUGCUGUCAGAUCCCUGCCAGCCUCGCUGGGGUCUGAGCCACCUCAAGCCUCUGUCCUGUUCGGAAGGCCUUCUGGACAUCCCUGUUUUCGUGCAGCAGGACAAGCCUGCGGUGUGGCAUCUGGCCCCGCCGCUGGGGCUCCGGGGCAGUGAGGAGCACCUGGCCCAGGCUCUUGCUGCCAUGCCUCAGCCCGGUCUUCCUCCAUCGCUGAAGAGAGAGGGCAGCUGCAGGCGAUGCGUGGUGGUGGGAAAUGGUGGCGUCCUUUAUGGGAGCCAUCUUGGAUCCCACAUAGAUCAAUAUGAUAUCAUUGUCAGGCUUAAUAAUGCUCCGGUGACUGGAUUUGAGAGAGAUGCUGGAUCUCGCACCACAAUCCGCUUGAUGUACCCAGAGGGAGCACCUCACUCUGUUAAUGAGUACAGAAAUACCUCUAUGGUUGCUCUUGUGGCCUUCAAGAGCCUGGAUUUGGACUGGCUCACUUCUGUCAUCACCAAACAGCCCCUGAACUUCUGGUCCAAAAUGUGGUUCUGGAGGGAGGUGGUGGAUGAGAUUCCCCUGAGCCCAGAGAGCUUCAAAAUCCUCAACCCAGAAAUUAUUCAUAAAACAGGGCAAGCUUUGCAGAGAUAUGCUCUCAAACAUGGAAAUAUGGUGCCAACACUGGGUGCCAGCGCAGUUGUGAUGGCCUUGCAGGUGUGCGACCAGGUGAGCCUGGCAGGGUUUGGCUACGACAUGCAGCAGCCUGCGGCCAGGCUUCACUACUAUGAGACCAUACGUAUGGACGCCAUGAAGGCUCAGGUGGUGCACGACGUCAGUGCUGAAAAACUUUUCUUGAGGGAAUUAGUGGCUGCAGGAGCUGUGACUGACCUCACGGGAGCUCUGUGA